GCUGUGCCCCUUAGCGGUGGACUCCGCAACCGAGUUCCUUCCGCUUCAUAGUUUGGACUCCCAACGCCUAAUGAAGCCAUCUCCCAUCCAUUUCCCCAACUACCCUCAUUCCCUCCCCCCCAUCCCUUCUCUUCUCACUGCAGCGAGGCUUCUCCCGAGGGUUCAGAUGUCGUCUUCGGCUUUGCAACGCGCGGCAGCCUCGCCAACUAUCCCUCCGCUUCCUGAGAACCUAAUCGUGUUGGGCUGCGGCGCGGUGUCCGUGGACUAUCUGGCGACGGUGGCCGCGUUCCCCAACCCCGAUGACAAGAUCCGUAGCAUCAGCCUCAAGGUAGAAGGAGGUGGAAAUGCUGGAAAUGCUUUGACUGGUGCAUGUCGCUUGGGUUUAAAACCUAGGGUGAUUUCAAAGGUGGCUAAUGAUGCUCAAGGGAGAAGUUUGCUUGCAGAGCUAGAAGGAGAUGGAGUAGAUACUUCUUAUAUUGUGGUUGCAGAGGAAGGAAAUUCACCAUUCACGUAUAUAAUAGUCGACAACCAAACGAAGACCCGUACAUGUAUACAUACCCCUGGGAAUCCUGCAAUGGUUCCAGAAGAGCUUGCCCAGUCGAAGCUUUCAUCUGCUUUAGAUGGUGCGAGUCUUGCAUACUUUGAUGGACGAUUAUGGGAAACUGCUUUGGUUGUUGCUCAAGAGGCAAGUCGAAGGAGAAUUCCUAUUUUAAUUGAUGCAGAACGACCUAGGGAAGGAUUGGAUGAUCUACUUAACUUGGCAACUUAUGUUGUAUGCUCUGAAAAAUUUCCCCAGGUGUGGACAAAUGCGCCAUCUGUUUCCAGUGCACUGGUCUCAAUUCUUGUGAGGUUACCCAAUGUGAAAUUUGUUAUUGUGACUCUUGGAGAGAAAGGUUGCAUAUUGCUUGAGAAAAGCACAACUGAAGCUUCUGAAAUGGAGGAAACUGAAGUAGACAGCUUACUGGAGUCUCUAAGGACCAAAGUUGGUGGAAGUUCUGGUAUCCCAACUUGCAUUUCCUCUGAGGCUAGCCUGAGAAUUAGUGCUGAUGGAAUUGGUGCAAUAAAUGGGCGGUUACAUGUAGGAACCGCAGAGAUCAUAUCUCCUACAGAGCUGAUUGACACAACUGGUGCUGGAGAUGCAUUUAUUGGAGCUGUUCUCUAUGCAAUUUGUGCUGGCAUGCCACCUGAGAAGAUGCUGCCUUUUGCCUCCCAAGUGGCGGCUGCAAAUUGCCGGGCUUUGGGCGCUAGAAGUGGUUUGCCGUCGCGUGCAGAUCCAAGAUUAGCUCCAUUUUGGCUUUAGAUUUUGUGUGUAGUGUUUUCGUGACAUCUGGUUUGCUUUCUGCAGAAGUGGGCUGUAUCGAUUGUUGGCUUAUGAUGCCGAUUUUUUGACAAAUAUUUACCAGCAGAUCCAAAAUCAUGUUUUUGCCGUGUUCCUAAGUAUGAAUCUGUGUUGCACCUAUUCUUUCUCGAUAUUUGAUCUUUGAGGUAUUUAUACUGUUGA